UCUAUUUUUGGAGGGCGGGGUCGGGCUGAGGAGAAGGGCAGGUGCUGAACGUUUUUGAAGAGCACUCCAGCCAGCACUACUCCUUCUCCCUCUCUUUUUACCUCUAUCUGUGAGGUGUUCCAGUCUUCUGUUAACUUGGUAAUGACCCUGGAUAUGGACAACGUAGAAGUUUUUGAUGCUGGGGAGAAGGGCAGGGGUCUCAGGACCACCAAAGACCUCUGGGCUGGGGAGGUAGUGUUCGCUGAGCCCAGCUUCGCUGCAGUGGUCUUCGACAGUCUGUCUCAGCAGGUGUGCCAUAGCUGCUUCCGUCGCCAGGCCAACCUGCACCGCUGUGCCCAGUGUAAGUUCGCCCACUACUGCGACCGCACCUGCCAGACUGCAUGCUGGGAUGAGCACAAGCAGGAGUGUGCCGCCAUCAAGAAGUACGAAAAGGCCCCCAACGAGAAUGUACGUCUUGCUGCCCGUGUGCUGUGGCGCAUACAGAAGGACACAGGCAUCGUGUCGGACGGCCAGCUGACUUCAGUGGACCAGCUGGAGGACCACGUGGCCGACAUGCUCGCUGACGACCUCAAAGAGCUCAAGAUCAACGUGAAAAACUUCCUGGACUACUGUCCCAAAACCAGGCAUGGCAUGGAGUACAUCUCACACAUCUUUGGCAUAAUCAACUGUAAUGGCUUUACUCUGAGUGACCAGAGGGGUCUGCAGGCGGUGGGAGUGGGUCUGUUCCCUAACCUGUGUCUGGUCAACCACGACUGCUGGCCCAACUGUACUGUCAUCCUCAACCAUGGCAAUCAGUCAGCUCUGAACGCAGCCUACCACUCUAAGAGGAGGAUCGAGCUGCGUGCGCUGGGUAAGAUUGCUGAGAACGAGGAGCUGACGGUUGGCUACGUGGACUUCCUGAACGUGUCGACGGACCGCCAGCGCACCCUGAAGCACCAGUACCACUUUGACUGCACCUGUAAAAGCUGCAGCGAGCACCUCAAGGAUGACCUAAAGAUGGCUGCCAAGGAGACCGACGGCAACAAGCCCUCUGAUGAGCUGGUGAAGUUGGUACAGGAGUUCAGUUUAGAGUGCCUGGCCAAGGUUGAGGCAGCUCGCACUGCGGGAGACUUCCAUGAGGUGGUGCAGCUGUGUCGUGAGUGUCUACACAAACAGGAGCCUGUGUUGGCCAAUACACACCUGUACCACCUGCGUAUGCUGAGUGCAGCCAGUGAGGCGCUGUCCUACCUGCAGUUCUUCUCAGAGGCUGCAGAAUAUACAGGCAUACUGGUGGAGGGAUACAUGAAGUUGUACCACCCCAAUAACGCCCAGUUGGGCAUGGCCACCAUGCGGGCUGGCGUGACCCACUGGCACGCAGGGCUCAUCGAGGUUGGCCAUGGCAUGAUCUGCAAGGCCUACGCCAUCCUCAUGGUCACCCACGGACCCAACCACCCCAUCACCAAGGACCUUGAGUCAAUGCGUAUGCAGACUGAGAUGGAGCUGAGGAUGUUCAAGCAGAAUGAGCAUGGCUACCACAGCAUGAGAGAGGCUGCCCUGCAGAACAAGCCCAUGGGCAUGGCUGAGGCAGUCAGUGUUGAGGACAACGUCAUCCAUAAGCAAUGAGCUUCUGUUGUCUCACCUACAUUUCAAUGGUAUGAAAUUAGUCAGCAAAUCAACCCCAAAGUUCCUUGGCUGUUCUCAUAUUGCAAAAUGUGUGCCUUGUCAUGUGUAAACUGCUUUCAACAGCUAGAUAUUCUGUUGCAAUGAAAGUGGUUAAGUUCCUUUGGUUUAGCAUUGAGACUGCCAUCUGUAUGAUGAGGCCUCGUCUAGAUCUGUUUGGCUCAGUCCCUGUGAACUCAUGAUUGCUCCCACCUUCAUGCUAGUAAACAUUGAGUCAGUAUACCAUCCCAUGUGCAAUAUUGAAUGUAAAAUGUAAUAAAAGUGAACACUGAUAA